AUGGAUAUAGUGUUGGAGAUCGUGGACUAUUACGUCUUCGACAGAGUUUACGCUACAAUAUUUCCAAAGAGCGGGGCCCUCGAUACUUGGUGGAACUCGAAUGUCGUGGGAUCGCCGUUGAUGACUCAACUUGAACUGGCAGCAGCGCAGUUAAAGGAAGCGACACUUCUUUCACCCCUGAAUGCUUUCAACACCACAAUGUCAUUCAAGCUGGCUAUCUCCCUGGGUAUGCCCUUGAAGGUGUUAGCCAACAAAAUUGCUAAUUACCAAAAUGACGACAUAUACGGUGCCCCUCGUUACCUUCCGCCAGGUCCCUGGAUGGAUAAGUCCAUGUUUGCAAGAGAUAAUUUAUUCCGUGAAAGCAUCAACAUGUUCAUUACCACUGCAAUUUUUGGUUGGUUGCUUUAUUUCUCGGUGGCUACAAUCUCUUAUUUUACUGUUUUUGAUAAAAAGAUUUUCAACCACCCGAGAUACCUCAAGAAUCAAAUGAGACUCGAAAUGGGUUAUGCUUCCCGCCUGAUUCCAGUCAUGGUGUUGUUGACCUUGCCAUUUUUCAUUUUGGAAAUUAAUGGUUUUUCGAAAUUGUACUUGAAUAUCGAUGAAACUACCGGUGGUUGGUCUGCAGUCUUUUGGCAAAUUCCAAAGUUCAUCAUGUUCACUGACUGUGGUAUCUACUACAUUCACCGGUUUUUACAUCGUCCACUGGUUUAUAAACGGUUACACAAACCGCACCAUAAGUGGAUUGUUUGCACUCCCUACGCACUGCACGCAUUUCAUCCCGUCGAUGGGUGGGCUCAGUCGUUGCCUUAUCACAUCUAUCCAAUGUUGUUUCCCUUGCAAAAAGUGCUGUAUUUGCUAUUAUUCACGUUCGUGAACUUCUGGACAGUCAUGAUUCAUGAUGGUCAAUAUUUGUCAAAUGAUCCUGUUGUCAACGGUACAGCCUGCCAUACAAUUCACCAUUUGUAUUUCAAUUACAACUAUGGUCAGUUCACAACCUUGUGGGACCGUUUAGGAGGUUCCUACCGCCGUCCUGAUGACUCGUUGUUUGAAAGAAAUCAACUGAAGGACACCGAACGUAAGGUAUGGAAGGAGCAAGUUGAACAAAUGGAGGAAAUCCGUGGUGAACUCGAAGGUAAAUCCGAUUUCCGUGAGUACGUUGAAUCUACUUAA